AUGGCUAUCGAUGAGAUCUGGUGUGAUCGGUCGAAAGACCCCGAAGACGCCAUUGUAUGGGAAGAGGCAAAACCAUCGACUCCAUUACGCUGGUAUGUGGAUGACUGGUGGUCAUCGGCACCCCAUACUCCCAACGCAUCCACGUCCGUAUGCGUGGUGGGAGAGGGUAGAGAGCCGCCACGAGCACUAGCCCCUCCUGAUGCGCCCUCGCCUGCAUUAACGAAUCGGUAUCCGCCACAGCCGGACGAUCUUUAUGAUCCUCUCCCAUUUCUUCGUCUGAAAGAGUCGCUGACUGAGCUAAGUACGUUAAUUGUUCCGGCUCAUUGGUAA